GAAAGAUUUCUCAUAUAUCGUUAUGAGCAAGUGAUAAUUGGAAGAAAGGUCUAUUUGAUAUUUACGGAAUAUUACCAUGGCUUCCUUGGGAAGCCUUCCUAUGGAUAAUCGACAGUUAUAUCUUAGUCGCCAAACAUCUCUCAGGAGAUCCAAACGCAAGUCCAGCGGAUUUGGAGGCAAUGUACGAAGCCAGCUUAACGAACAGCUCAAAUGUCUGGAAAAUCGGCUGGAGAUCCAGGUUGCCAUGGUGACAGAACUGCAGGACUUUUUCAGGAGGCUGUCAGAGGUGGAGAUGGACUACGCCAGAAAUCUAGAAAAACUCGUUAAAAACACAAAAUUACGUCAUCGACAGGAAAAACAAAAGCGAGAACACUGGUCAUUAUUCUCCACCUUUACAACAUGGCAGCAGGUUCUGGACAUAACAAAGAAAGAGUCCCGGGAUCACCAAACACUGAGUGAAAUCUACGGCAAUCAGAUGGUGCAGCGAUUCAACACAAUCAUGGAGAACUCCCAGAGAAUUCACAGAAGUUGUCAUGAUAUAGGAAUGGAGUGUCAUGAAGACAUUAUGAAGACACUAACAGAAUUACAAAAUGCCAUGAAGACGUAUCACACAUACCAGACAGAGAGUAUGCAGGCGGAGAGUAAACUACGAGCCGUGGAAAGUCAAAAGAAUAAACUAGAGCAGCAGCUAGCGGGCAAAAAUGUCUCCAGUAAUCGUAAACUAAAGGCCUUCACAAGGCAGACAGAAAAAAAACAGAACAAAUACUCUGAGAACAAACUGAAGGCUCUAAAGGCACGGAAUGACUACUUACUGUGUAUAGAGUCAGCUAAUGCCGGGGUCAGCAAGUACUUCACAGAUGACAUCUCAGAUCUCGUAGAUUGUAUGGACUUUGGUUAUCAUAAUUCUGUACGCUGUACGAUGAUGAUGUAUCAAUCGUGUCAUAAGAACAUCAGUAAGACGCAUCACAAUGCUAUCGAGGUCAUACAGAAGUGUGUCAGCGACCUUGACCCCCAGGCCGACAAACAGCGCUUCAUAGAGCUCUACAAUGCAGCAUUUAUGUUGCCGAAAAAGUUUGACUUCCAGCCCUGCAAAGGAGAUGAGGUCCAGCAAAUUAGUGCUCAGAAACCCGUACAGGAUGACAUUCUCCAGAGGUAUAAAGCGAUCGGUGAACGCCUCGUCGAUCUCAGGCUCGAAAACGACGAGACGUGGAAAACCAUGGAGGCUACUGAAAAAUCACUGAAUGAGAUGAUCACGGGCAAAAAUUAUGAUGUCUCUGGCUUCUUCCUCGAGGAAAACCCGCCUCCAAGGUCCCCCCAUGAGGCGGCGAAACAGCGGAGUGAAUGGCUGGAGAUGGAGGCCUUCUAUAUAAAUAAGUUCCGGAAGUAUACACAGAGCUGUAACCAGAUUGCCAGACUACAGGGAAAAUACAGUAUAAUCCAGAGGGCAUUAGGGGACAACAUCUCAACCUCAGGUAGACCCCCGUCCCUACCCCCGAAGCCUAAAAAGAGGCGGAUUGGUAGAAGUCAGAUUGUGGGACAGCCUAAGUUAUUUGGAGGGAGUCUUGAAGAAUACUGUGAGGCAACAGGACAAGAAAUUCCACUGGUUGUUAAAAGUUGUAUACGGGCAAUUAACUUAUAUGGAAUGCAUCACCAGGGAAUAUUCAGGAUUCCAGGAGCUCAGGUGGAAAUCAACGAAUUCAAAGCCGAGUUUGAGAAAGGGGAGGAUCCAUUAAUUGACAUGGAUCCCAGUGAUAUCAACUCAGUAGCUGGGGUUCUCAAACUCUACUUCAGGGAGCUCCGCGAGCCUUUGUUUCCUCUGCCUCUGUUUGACGAACUGAUAUCAGGGAGUAAAUUAGAUGACGGACAACGUGUGGAGAAGAUAAAAGAGCUCCUGUCACCAUUACCACGAUGUGUUCUGGUUGUCAUGCGAUAUCUAUUUGCCUUCCUCAAUCAUUUGUCUGAGUAUUCAGAUGAGAAUAUGAUGGACCCUUACAACCUUGCCAUUUGCUUUGGUCCAACGCUUCUUCCCAUUCCGUCAGACCGUGACCAGGUGUCGUACCAAGGCAACGUCCAUGAGGUCAUCAAGACAAUCAUUAUCCAUCACGAGGAAAUCUUCCCUUGUGAUGGUGGGGAAGUUUAUGAGAAAUGCAUCGUCGAUGAUCCAGAUGCGGAGAGUUAUAAUGAUAUAACAGACGUAGAGGUGGAUCCAAGUUCUGCUGAUGAUGAGGAUGAUGAAGAUGAUGAUGGGUGUUCCCUAGAUGCUCAAAUCUUUGAAGCUGUAGCGCUGUAUGACUUUGAGGGAAGGACGGAGAGAGAAUUGUCAUUUAAGAAACAUGACACCCUAUUGGUGUAUCACCGGGUAUCUCAGGAUUGGUGGGAGGGGCUGUACCAGGGGAAGGAGGGGCUGAUACCAGACCGCUACAUCAACCUUAAACACCCCCCUGAAGAAAGGAGAAGUCAUUCUGACGAAGAUGGAGUGAGUCGAUCGUCCACGCUCAGCAAGGUCAGCGCUUCACAGCUCCCCACAAUUCUCACCGAGCCUGAGGAGCUCGAGAAACCACCCCAGCAGUCCACCCCCAAGAACAGCGAAUCAGAAAAACUUUCCCCCCACGUCACACCCUCAGGGACCCCUCGGUCCUCCCUGGGUCCAAAGGACUUCUCAAGUGGCCCGCCUACAUUACCAAAUAGUUCCCCAAAACUCCAAGUAAAGAGAAGGACAGAAAAAGACUUGAAAAUUGUUGAGGAAGAAGACAAUACGGUUAGGCCAGAUCACGAGGAUAUAAGUGCUGAUGUAGAUAUAGAUAGUGCUUUAGCUGAGGUAGUGUCUGGACUUAGAUCUCUGGAGAUGCAACAGAGAUCAGACAUGCAACUGAGAUCAGACAAACGAAUGAGUUUACCGAACAUAAAGCACACCCCUAAACAUACCCCUGAUCUCGUGCUGGAUCUUCCCACGGAGGGCACUAAUGUGUCACCUCAGGAUCUUAGUGAACCUGACAGCCCCACAACCACUGCUGAUACGUUUGCUCAGUCUAAUCAGGGAACACUGAAGAAGGCCAACUCAAUGCCUAGGAAUAUCCCUGGACCUUUCUUAGAAGCUGAACAAAGUGGGUCAACAUUCAUGACUGGACAACCAUUACUGGGAUCGUUUGCAGGGAGGAAGAGACCGGGAAGUGCUCGAGAGGGCUCUGCUAAAGGCCCUGUCUCACCCCUCAUGUCAGCUUCUAUGACAUCAUCACUGACCUCAUCAGAAGUGUCAUCCAGCAUGACAUCAUCAAUGACAUCAUCGAUGACAUCUUCCAUGUCUGUACCACCAGUGCUUCCCCCCACUGGAUUGUCAGGGAACAAACAACCUCCCCCAGUGGCAGAGAAACCAAAACUUCCUCCCAAGGUCAAACCACCUGUCAUGAAAAAGCCCCCAAGAUCUCCAGAAGUACAGAGGCGACAGCCAUCACAGCCAACCACUCUAGAUUCCAAGCAAUGACCUAAGUGAAAGUAGAUUAGUGUCAAAGUGAAAGUAGAAAUGUGUUUAUUUGUGUAAUGAGGAUUAUUUUAUUCAGAAUUCCAUAUUGAGUGGAUUUUUUAUGUAUACACAAGAGUGCAAUUGUAUGACAAUUU